GGGGUUCAGAUGGCGCGAGGGAGGGGGAGAGGAGGUUUAGCUAAUAGGGAGAGACACAGAGUUGGAGAGGUAGACCAGUGUCCGUCCAGCCUUCAGCACUUUCCGGUGACCAGACAGAGUGGGCGAGGCUGGAGGUCGGGACGUCGGUCGCUUGUUCAUGUGUGUCAGUGACAAGGCGGGAGACCGGCGCCAUACAGGACCGGAGGACAUUAGACCACCGGAGACGUUGUGUGUGAUGAAGAAAAGGAUGCGCUGAGAAGAAGUCAGAGAUGAAGUUAAAAGUUUGACGGGAUCCGGUUAAAGAGUCUGACCUGCGGAUAAGAAAAGGGGCCGAACAAAUCAUCUCACUUUGGAUCUGGAUGGGACUCACGAGCCGGGCCGUGGGGUGAACGUAUUCUCUUCACAGCAAAACAAUAGCCACGGCCCUUUAAACGGUUUGAUCUGGGGUUUUUUACCACUAUUUUAUAUUAGAUUGGAUUCCUAAUAUAUGGGACACGGAGAUUAAAGUGAUGAACCGGGACAGAGCGGUGUCGGGGCCCGGGGCAGACGGGGUCCAGACUGUGAUAAGCCGGGAAAGAGCCGUAGCAGGGCCAGGGGUGGACACCGUCCAGCCCGUGAUGAGUCGGGACAGACCAGUACAGUCUCCCGGUGGUGACGGGGUCCAGACCGUGGUGGGCCCGGACAGCGUAGACAUGCUGGACGGCGGUGCUGCCGGGGAGAUGCGGCUCUUCUCCAACGCGGUGGCGGGAAGCCGAGAUUCUCAGGCCGUGGAGAACAACUUAGAACCCCUACCGACUAACCCAGUGUUAGCUCCGCCACAGCAGGGCCCUGUCGGGCACCGGACCACCUCUUUCUCCGUACUGGACAUUCUGGACCCCAACAAGUUCACGAGCAGCCGACGACAGCAGCAGCUCGCGAGCCACCGAGGUGAUCGCGAGCUGAGCGCGUACGGGGUGGAGAAUCGGAAAGGAACAUCUGGAGAGCGCGAGCCCAGCCUGGAGCCCGGCAAAGGCUGCUACGGUGCGGAGGAAUACCCGAGCAAAGAAGUCUUUGUAUACAGAAACCAAGAUCAGGAUGACUACCACAGAUCCGGGACCCCAGAUUCAGAUGCUCCAGACGGGCCUUACAGCAGUGAGGAGAGCAGCCCAGCCCAGCCCAGUAACAGAGACAGAGAUCUGGGCCAGAAUACCCACCAGGACCCUGGCAGAGACAACAAGAGCCCCAGGGGAAGCCCAACAGGCCAGAUCACCGAUGUCCAGGCCAAUGGUGCACAGGGCACGCAGGGCAAACCCAAGAGGAAGCGCUCUGGCUCAGACUCCAAGUCAGGAAAGCCCCGUAGGGCCCGGACUGCCUUCACCUACGAGCAGCUGGUGGCGCUGGAGAACAAGUUCAAGUCAACACGUUACUUGUCAGUUUGUGAGCGGCUCAACCUGGCCCUAUCGCUCUCCCUCACUGAGACCCAGGUCAAGAUUUGGUUCCAGAAUCGUCGGACCAAGUGGAAGAAACAGAACCCUGGAGCAGACACCUCCGCCCCCACCGGAACAGGAGGAGCAGGAGGUGUGGGGGGGGGAGGGGGAGGUCUGGGAAGCCUCAGUCCCCUUAGCCCGUCCCCUCCGAUUGGUGGGCACCUGGCCAUGCAUGCUGGCUAUGCCAGCCACCAUCACCCUCCCACCGGCAGCCUGGUCCAGCUGCCUUUCCUCACCGCAAGCCACGUCCUGUCCCCCUUUAUGCUGGGAACACAGAGCUACGCUGCACCGGCCUUCUACAGCACACACUUGUAGACUCAUCCACAGAAACACGCUCAGGCCAUGGUGACUGAAGCGUUUAAGCAGACAGACUGUGAGUGUUCAGCUCUGCUUCCCUUUCUACUACCAUUUGAAGGCUUUCAUUUCAAUGGAUUAUUUUGAUAGAAUGUGAAUAUCUGCCAGAAACUGUAUAUGAAUUUAUGAUCCAUCUCCUUAUUCUGAAUGCUGUUUUAAACUAUGUAAUAGUUGAUUUAUUUGUUUAAAAAAGUCUGUAUGAAUAUUUAAUGUUUAUUUAUGAC